CCCCGUCGGCGUGUUGGGGCUCAAAGAAGAUCGGCCGUGCGCCAAGCGGCAUUUUGUCCCUCUGACGAGCCCUUUGAAACUUCUUUCAAAACUUUGUCAUCAAAGCAGCCAGCUUGUAGACGCAAAGGAACAUCGUUUGGGCUGAAUAGAGACGAGGUUCCGUCAGAGAUUUGUGAAAAACAACUGCGGAGAUAGCAGAUCAGAGAAAAGGCGAUCCCAAGGUGACAUAAACAGGCGGAUCUACUGGUGAUAAGGAAACGCUCCAGAUCGCCAGACGAAAUGUCGGGGCCUGAUAACCGGGAGAAGCAAGUGGGGGACUCGGGGGGCCUACUGCCCGCCUCCCGAGAGAAUGUCGCGCCCAGGCCGCCGCCGAGGCACGGGCCCGCGAGCUUUUCCAUUGACGCAAUCUUAUCAACGAACACUCAUGCCGAGAACACAGUAUCGCCACAACAGAGAAGUCCUCCUCGGGACAUGCCCGUCAACGGACAGUGUUCACCGGCCAGGCAAGAAUAUUCCUACGGAGCUAAGCUCGACACGCGCCGACAGGAAAGUUCAGACCUGCGGUCUCCUGUAGCUGAGGUCAGCUCGUCGACGGCAAGACCCAGCGCGUUUACACCCGUGUCGUCAACCGAGGAGUAUUCUUUCAACAACUUGCGAACAGAAGACGACAGUCGGCCGGACUCCCCUCCCCCUCGGCUCCUCAGUCAUGCUGAAGGGAAGAAGCGCCCCCGUACGGCCUUCACGGCAGAGCAGAUCAAGGAACUGGAGGGCGAGUUCCAGAAGAACAAAUACCUGUCUGUCACCAAACGACUGGAGCUGUCAAACCAGCUCAAACUCACCGAGACUCAGAUAAAGAUCUGGUUCCAAAACCGCCGCACAAAGUGGAAGCGGAAGUUCACCAAUGAUCUAGAACUGAUGGCUCACCAACACUACGCCUCCAUGGGCCUGUACAACACUCCACAUCCAUGGUACUUCACUCAGAGAUAUCAUCAUCCGGGAUAUUACAACUUCCCGUCGUGCCCCGCGCCGUCUCAGUACCCAAGAUACCCCGCGGCGUUGGUCGCCCACCUCCCCCCUGCGGCUGCGCAGAACCUACAUGCUGCCAAUAUGAAAUUACAAGGGAAACCGUUAUGACUUUACAAAUGAUAACAGUGUUCUCCUUCUCAACGCUCUUGUUUCGUAAUAAAACAUGAGAAUGCCAUUCACCAAUUUCACACUUCCCAUAAUGCCUAGUAAAGAUCACGGAUAUGACCUAUGACCAACCCUCCCCCCUUUCUCGAUGUAAUAUUUCCAACAAGUUCUAUCGACAAACUGGUCAACGAUAUUGUUUUGAAUUAUUUAUCCAGUAUAGAUCUA